GAUACUAACUUAAAACAACUGAACUGUAUAAAAUUAACUAUUUUUUAGAAUGAAAGAAAUAUGAAUCGCAACGGUGAGUUUACAAAUGAUUGGAGGGGAAGAGAUGAAUCAAAUUGGUGGAGGAAAAAUAGAGGAGGAGCACAUCAAGGCCAAUCUGAUGAAUCUAAUGGUCGUUGGGGACGAACUCGUUCAGAUUCUUAUAACAAUGAUAGAUGGCCUGCCGGACGGCCAACAUCUAAAUAUGAUGAAGAUGAAGGAUGGGAUCGUGGUGAAUCUAGAUGGUCAAAUACUGCCACAACUCACGAACGUCGAAAACUUGAUUGGGGAGAAACCUUGCCGGAAUGGGCUGUUGAUAAUCCUGGUGAAAAAGGUGGAAGUUUUGAUUCAUCUGGUGCCUUCCAUGACAAUCAUUAUGUAGAAGAACACCACUAUAACAUAGGAGAUGAACUGUCACGAGAAGAGGGGCGAGAAUAUGAAGAAGAUAAUGAUAAUGGUGAUACAAGUGUUAAUAAUAUAGAAAGCUCAAAUAUCUCACCUAUAGAUGAUAAACAGCUAAAUGGCCGAGAAAAAGAAGAAGUUGUAUCGUCUUCAAUAUCUACUUCACCAUCGCAUAAUGAAGAAGUAAUUUCUUCCCCUGAACGUUUUAAAUCCAUGAGACAACAGCAUCAACAUAAAAUAAAUUCCCAAAUAACUCAAGAAGUAUUUAUACAGAAUGAACCGGUAAUGAUUACUCAUCCUGAACCUGUAAGAAUCCAGCAGAUUCCAGAUAUUCCAGUUAUUCAUAGCAAAAGCAGUCCAGCAAUUCCGCUUAUGUCUGACUGUCAACCUAAUAAAAUGGAAAAUAUUAAAAACUUGAGAGAGAUGCCUGGUAUAGGGAGUCAUAUUGAUAGUACUAAUAUUAACCCUAUCCACCGAUCAACGAGUUUAAAUGCUAAUGCUCAUCAUCGAAUUGAUACAUUGGAUGCUGAGGCAGAAUCAAUGGUAUCUAGAUUAACCAGUGAUAACUUUAAAAUAGGGCCAUCUUCACAUUCUCCACUCGCUCCUCUUACUAACAACAAAUGGUAUUAUAGAGAUCCCCAAGGCGAAGUUCAAGGUCCUUUCUUGACAACUGAAAUGGCAGAAUGGUAUAGUUUGGGAUAUUUCCAUGACAACAUGUUAAUGGUGAAGAGAGCGUGUGAUGAACAUUUUUAUUCCUUAGGUGAUCUUGUUCGAUUAAAAGGGAAUGUACCAUUUUCAGACACUCCAUUUUCGGAGCAUGAAGUGAAAAUUAGUAGCCGAAUAGGAGUACAACCUCCUCCAACACACAGCCCUUACACAAUGAAUGAAUCUUUGGUUCUUCAACAGCAACAGCAACAAUACCAAUACAGGCAAUUAUUUUUAAAGUAAGUUACUGUCAUAGAAAAUUUAUAGGCUUAUUAAAAAAUGUUUUCUGAAUGAUACAUGAAAAGGUGAAUUCAAUUAAAUCUUAUUAAAUCUAUUCAUACGACCUUCACCUUAAGACAUGGGUCUGCCCUAAUAUCACCGUAAAUAAUCAAACUUCUCUCGACUCUGUUUAACACUUAAAACUAAACCUUUAUA